AUGGCUCAGCACUGGCACAUGUUGUAUGUGUGCAGUGUUUGGUUGCUCCAGACCCUUCACGUGGCAGCUUUCAACCUGGACACUCACAACGUGCUGCAGAGAAGCGGAGAUCCGGGAAGCCUGUUUGGAUUUUCUGUUGCGUUUCACCAGCAGCUGAGGCCUGCCAGAAAGAACCUAUUGCUGGUCGGAGCUCCACAAGCAAAACACCAGAACCAGGUGAAUGUUACAGGUGUUGUUUACCAGUGUGACCUGAGUACAACAUCCGAGCGCUGUCAGCCCAUUGAGUUUAACAGUGAAGCGUUCCUCAAUAGCAAAGACAUAAAUGGCCAGUGGAUGGGAGUUAGAGUGACGAGCCAAGGUCCGGGUCAAAAUGUAAUGACUUGUGCUCAUCGAUACCAGCAGUGGAGCCCGAGCCCCAGCGUGUAUGUCCCUCACCUGGUGACGGGUCAGUGUUACCUUCUGGGAGACGACCUGGGGGCCGGGGGGGAAGAGAGGACCUGGAGGAGGGUUGUUUGUGAUUCUGAGCACCUCAGCAGACGGCGAAAGGACCACGAGUGGUUCACGUACUGCCAGCAGGGCCACGGAGCCUCUUUUGCAAAGGAUAACCGGUCGCUGUUGUUCGGGGCCCCCGGCGCUUAUCAGUGGAAAGGGAUUGUACGACUGGAGCUUUUGGACAACCUGGACAUCUUUGGUGAAGAUCCUCGUGAAACGGGCGAUAUAGACCUCUUCGACCCAAAGCUCAUUCCUCUGCGGAGAGACAGCUACCUGGGAUUCUCCAUUGACUCUGGUAUGACCCUGAUCAGGAAGGGGGAGCUGACGGUUGUAUCAGGAGCGCCACGCGGAGGCUUCAGCGGCCAGGUGGCUUUUCUCAAAGCGGAUCCUGGUGCUAAGAGAAGUUUGUCUGUGGAGUUGAUCCUCUCUGGUCCAGGCUUGGCUUCCUCCUUUGGUUACGAUGUGGCAGUGGUGGAUCUGAACAAUGAUGGAUGGGAGGACCUUGCUGUAGGAGCACCACAGUUCUCCGUCAGAGAUGGUUCUGUUGGAGGAGCGGUUUACAUCUACAUCAACAACAGAGGCAGAAACUGGGAGGAUGUUGUUCCAACUCAGCUUCUUGGACAUAGAGAGUCCCUGUUCGGCCUCGCAGUGGAAAACAUAGGAGACAUCAAUCAGGACGGUUAUGGAGAUGUGGCUGUGGGGGCGCCGUAUGAUGGUUCUGGUCGGGUGUAUCUCUACUGUGGCUCCUCUGAUGGGAUCAACAAGAAACCAGCACAGGUUCUCUCAUCAGGAUCCAAAAACAUUCAUCUGUUUGGAUAUUCUCUGUCUGGGAACUUGGAUGUGGAUGAUAACCAGUACCCGGAUUUGGCCGUCGGCUCGCUCUCAGAUUCGGUUUUUAUCUACAGAGCAAGGCCAGUGGUCAGUGUUGGCAGCACUCUACGGCUGCAACCAAGUGAAAUAGACAUCACAGAGGACCAAUGUGAUAAACGCACGUGUGAUUUCACAGUUAAGGCCUGUUUUACCUACACCUCACAUCCGGCAUCGUUCAACCCCAAACUAAAGCUCAACUUCACCUUUGAGGGUGAUGCUGAGAGGAGGAAGGUGAGGCUUCCUCCCAGAGUCGACUUCCUGGGUUUAUCUCGAGGAAAACUGGAGCUGCCGGGACAAGGGAAAGAAAUGUGUGUCGGCACCAAGCUUCGAAUUCUGCAUGAUAUCAAAGACCGGCUGAAUAGCAUCCCCGUCUCCGUCACUGUGUCUCUGUGGAGCUCCAGUCAGACGACCAGGACAAGUGCAGAUCUGCCCAAUGUGACCCCUGUCUUCAACCUCUACCAGCACAGGAGCACUUUCUCAGAGAUCCUCCUAAUAAACAAGGGCUGUGGCAGCGACAACAUUUGCCAAAGUAACCUUGAGUUAAAAUACAAGUUCUGUUCAAGAAAAACACGAAAGGAUCAGGAUGUUUUCACAUCACUCGCCAGAGAGGACGGUGUAGCAGUCAUCACUCCCUCGCAGGACGACAUAGCCUUGGAACUAACUGUGACCAACAGAAACGGGGAUGACGCUCACCAGAGUCACUCAGUCAUCAUGCUCCCAGAUACUCUUCAUUACUCCUCUAUUAUCUACGACAAGGCAGCAGAAACACAAAUGAGUUGUACAGCCAAUGACAAUGGAACACAAAUAGACUGUGACCUUGGAAACCCACUGCGCAGAGACGCUGAGAUUACUUUUUAUGUCCUACUCACCACGUCCAGCAUUUCCCUGAGCACAAAAGACGUCAACGUCACAGUGCAACUUUCCACGACAAGUGUGCAGACCAUCCGAUCUGUAGAGGCAGUCGCCAAAGUGGUUUUUGAGCUGGAGCUUCAAGUUUAUGGACAAGCCAGACCUUCCCAAGUGUCCCUUGGUGGAAACGUGAUUGGUGAAAGUGCCAUAAAGACAGUGGAGGAAAUUGGAACACGGGUUCGAUAUGAGUUUAGGAUAAAUAAUCUGGGCAGACCACUGAAAUAUUUCGCCAACGCUUCACUAAACAUCCACUGGCCAAAGGAGAACUCUGUGGGAAAAUGGCUUCUGUACUUGACUCAGAUCACCAGUGACGGUGUCCAGUCCGUCUCCUGCUCACCCGCAGAGGAAAUCAAUCCACUCAAACACGUAAAGGGUUGGCUCCACCCAGCGAGGAAAAGACGUGAAGCCGAACAUGAAGCGCUCUCUACUGACCUGUUCCCUUUUCUGUCAAAAGAAAGGAAACGCAAAACUUUGACCUGCUCCGAUGGACUGAAUUGUGUGGAGAUACGCUGCCCUCUGCUGGGCCUGGACAGCUCUGCAGUGGUGGUUCUGCAUUCAUACCUCUGGAACUCCACUUUGAUUGAGGAUUACAGCUCUUUGAACUAUCUUGACAUUGUUGUGGAUGCGACCCUCAGUUUAACCAACUCUCCAGAGAAUAUUGGACUGAAACAAGAGAAGCCCGGCACAAAGGUUAAACUCACAGUGUUCUUUGAGAAAAAGACAGAAUACUUCACCAAAGUUGCCUGGUGGAUUAUUUUACUUACGGUCGUUGCUUUGCUUCUGCUGCUGGCCGUUUCUGCCUACUUGAUGUGGACGCAUGAAUGCAUCAACUGUCUCGCACAUAACAAGAAGCUCACUGAACACAAGGAAGAAGUAAACCCAGAGACUGCUCCUCUCACAGCCUGA